GAGGGGCAGGGGAGAGGAGAAAGUAAGGAGGAGGGAGAGGGUAGCAAAUGAGGUGUGGGUAAAAAUUAUAGGGGACUAGAAAAGAGAGCAGUAGCCCAGCCCUGGAAAAGGAGAGAAAGAUGGUGGGGGGAGAGACAGAGACAGAGAGAGAGAGAGGGAGAGAUUAUACAGUGUGAAAUCCAGACGAAUUCAGCUUUAGUAGAAGUGCAGCGUACAGAUCAGCAGGCUCCUUCACCGCUGGGGAACAACCGCCUUUUGUGUCUCCCCCCUCCCCGCUGCAGUGGGGGGAGUGCAUUUACCGUCGCGCCCAAGGGGAGAAGCCAAGAAGUAUCCUCCAAUCAGCCGUUAGUGAUUUCUCUCAUCUUGUGAGGCUGCUGAUGGUGAUUUAUCACUGACCUGAGACAAGCGCAGCACUCUGCUCAACACCAACCAACCAGCUGGAAUACUCACCAUGGUUUUUAUUUCUUUUCUUAAGCACAAACACCCUCCUGUGGAUAUUCCAAAGAGAAUGGCCAGAGGACAAAAGGAGGAUUAAAAUUGGACUUACUGAUUCUUGAAUUUCCUUUUUUUUUUUGUACCGGCUGCAGACUGAAGAUGGACUAACUUUUACAGGUGCAUUUGUGCCAUACGAGGACAAGACUCUUUAAUAGAACAUCUUCAGAAUCAUCUCUUGUCAUUUCAUGCCAUGUUUUAUUCUGAAAGCAUGGCAAAGCAGGGGGUGAUCCUGAACACUCUGCUGCAAUAAUCAUCAUGUAAGGUGUGAUUCUCAGGUAGAUAGAGGUAUAUGGUGAUGGGCAGGAAAUGGAGAUGGAGAGAGGUGUUGGCAGUUGGAGCACACCUGCCUGCUGAGCAUGUCUGACACCUCGCUGUAGCUUGAUUAGCUCUCGCUCUGCAGAGUUUGACUAUCAGGCUGUCUUUCCCUCCUGAAGUUAUCAUGCUUCUCACUGAGCGGAGAUAGCUUUCCCUCUGUGUGCUUGUGUGCAUGAGUAUAUAUAACCAUGAGUGUGUGUGGUUUGCGUCAGGAGCCAGAGUUUGGGAUUACAUUGCCUUGGGAAAGGGUACAGGUGUAGUGGAGCCUUGAAUGAGGAUUAGCAGCUCUAACACCUUGUCGCUGGCAGCACACAGGGCGAUGGACCUUUCGAGACAAGACUCGGUUCUCGCCGAAGGAUUAAAGAUAAAGGUUUAACCGACAUGAUGCGACUCAGAGGGCAAGGAAGGGGACAGUGGAGGAAGUUAACCUUCUAAUUCUGGUCAUCCUUGAGAGAUGCAGACUGAGGCUAAUAUUAGAGUGAGUGGGAGUUCCAUAUCAAUCGAAUGAGGCCAUUUAUAGCAGCCAGACAAGGACAAUUAAAACAUGAAGCAUGAGAGAAUGUGUUUGGGAGUCAGAGAGUGAAAUCAUUGGAUUUAUAAAAAGGCAGACAUUGAUGGUAUUUGUGAUAAACAAUCUUGAUUUUUUUUUUACCAGCAAGCACAAAAUCCAAUUGAUUCACGAGCUGGUUUGAUAUUGAUUUCUCCGCACAGUCAGGAUAGAGUCUUGUCUCAUCUCAUGCUUAAGAGGUCACUAAUUUAAUUAUAAUCCGUCAUUCGGGUCCUCACCCUAGAGCUGACAGCCAGAGUGCUGAGUAUGCUGUAGCUUAGAGGAUCGAUGAUCUAAUAUUUGUCAUGAUGUCUGACAACAGAUCAGAUAAACACAAUGCGUUCCCGCCGCAGUCUUCUGUAACAGUCUUACAGUUCCAGCGUGUGUUGUUUACAUGUCUUGUAUUAUUUGGAGAGAAAGAAAAAAAAUCCACUGAUGGCAGUUCUGCUGACAGUUACAGCAAAUUUGGCAGCUUGCAUGUGUAGUUAGGCUUGUAGUUGAAAGAGGUUCCUGUCUUGAUGUGUGUGCAGGUGUGUGUGUUUCCCGGGUUUGUAUCCCUGCCAUACAGCUUAUCUUAGCCGCACAGCAGGGGCUUAAAGAUCCUGGGUAAUAGUGUAAUGAGGACCACCCUUGCACCACCCAGUCUUUUCCAAUUUUAAGGUAAAUUCUGCAAUAUCUUUUAACAAUGCACUGAUUCUGAAGCGGACAACUAGAGUAAAGGGAAGCGAAUCCUGAUAGGGGCUCUCAGGAGGAGAAGUUAUCUCAGCAGCCACAUUCAGAAACCCUUCAGCGAUCCUGGAAAGCAGAGGGGUUUAGAGUGGGUGUGAGGAAAGCGGGAGGAAAAACAGGACUGAGGCAAGUUGUUUGAUAGCUGCAUUGUUUGUAUCUAUCUUGUUCAAAGAGCAUUGCUGAAAGUGUGAUUUUUUUGGCUGCGAGGGGGGAGAAAAAAGAAAAGAAAACUCAGGAACAGCGUGGGGGGGGAGUUCAGCUGGAGUUCUUCUGGGAAAAGCUGCUCCAUACUGCAGUUUUCAUCAUUAAAGAGCAAACAAGGCAGGGUGCAGCAGGCAAACUGUGUGAUCACGUUCGACAAGUCACAGGAUAAGCAUUGAUUUGUCUGCCUCAUCUAAUUUAAUGACACAAGCACAAACCAGCAGGACUCUUAAACACAUCUUUUCUCCAGAUCCAAGAUUCUUUUUUUUGUGUGUGUGCCUGCAAUGGAGACAGAAACAAACAUUCAUUCUUGCAGCUCUGAAACUAUCUCCACAUUGAAGUUUCCUCUGGAUUAUAUCACUUGAAUUGUGAGCAAGAAGAAGAAGAACAGUGACACACCCAUAUAAACUGUAUAUUCGUCCUCGUGCAGGGAUGUGUUGUGUGUUACUCUGAGGAGAAGCAGUGUAAUAUACCACAACCCCUGCGAAUGAGGGUGGGGCUCUCCCACUGCCACAGACAAAGACCUUAUUAGAGAGAGUCCCGGUAUAAGAAGUGGUCAAUCCGGGGGGCAGUUGUGAACCUGCACAGUCCAGCACCGUGUCAAAAGUCACAAUGGGGUGCAACAUGUGUGUGGUUCAAAAGCCUGAGGAACAAUACAGGGUCAUGUUCCAGAAGGGUCACAUAAGCAACAUGUUGUGCUCUUUUGAAGCUGACGGUCGAUUAAAGGUGAAUGGAAAGGAGCUCUCCCGCCUUUCUGGGGAUCCCACCCUGGACAUACGGGACCCCGUGCUGUCCAACAUACUGAGGCGGGGGGCCCGCAGACGGGCAGGCCUUGCGGGUGCUCCUGGAGGGUUAGUGCCAGUGACCAUGGGCAUGGCCGACUGUGUGGACAGCUGCACUCAAACAGACAUCAGCUUCCAGCAUAUGUUGACUUUGGGCAAGAGUAGCCAGCAUCCCUGCGGUGCUCCGCCCCCGCCCGACCCUCCGCCAUCCCCUCCACUACCACCGCUACUGGAGCCAUAUCUAUUCAAUGAACUCUUUAUAGAGCCUGUAUACUAUGACCCCACUGACUACUUCGAUAUCACUCAGCAUGAAGUGGACAGACAGGAUGAGCUGGAAUAUGAGGAGGUGGAGCUGUACAAGUCUCGCCAGCAGGAUAAACUCGGCCUGACAGUGUGUUACAGAACUGAUGAUGAGGAGGACCUGGGGAUAUAUGUGGGAGAGGUGAACCCAAACAGCAUAGCUGCAAUAGAUGGACGCAUCCGCAAAGGAGACAGAAUACUGCAGGUGCAGAUUAAUGGAGUGGACAUCCAGGACAGAGAGGAGGCGGUAGCUAUUCUCACCAGAGAGGACAGCACUAAUGUCUCCCUGCUCCUUGCACGACCCGAGAUAGAGAACGACAACCAGCUGGACCCAGAGGAGCUGGACCUGGAACCACUGGACAAUGCAGUUCAUCUGCCCAGCACCCACAGAGUGAGGAACAACACCUCCAUCCUGGGUACUGGACCGGGCAGUGUUGGAGGUGGAGGUGUACUAGGUAACCAUGGUCGCUCAAUAAACAGGGAUUCACCUGACUUGCUUCAGACGGUGCUCAGCAAUAGCCAGGAGCUGGACAGCGGGGUGGGCCGUACAGAUGAAAGCACACGCUAUGAGGAGUCUUCAGAACACGACCUUCUGGGAGACGACCACACCAGUGCCUCCAAUACAAAUGCCACAAAUACGCCUGGCAGUAUGCGCAAGUUUUUAUCCAGUCAGGGGGACACUCCACCCUUGCUGCACUCCCAGGACCUCCAGUUCAGCACUGACUCUCUCUUAGGGCUGGACUGUGUUAAUGGAGGAGGGUUGGAACAGGUGGAGAGACUGGAGAGGGCCUACAUGGCAGAUCCUGUGAGGAUGAUGAUGCCUGGGCUGACUGAGGAGGAGUGUGAGAGGUACAAAGAACUCCUGGAAAUCAAGUGUUACUAUGAGAAGAACUGUAAUGAUCUGAUGCUACUGGGAGGUCAGGGGCCGACACAAGAGGAAGGGGGUAUCCCACUGGAUGUCAAUAGGAACGAGAGCCUGACGCAGCACGAGAUGGCUCUUCUGGAAGAGGAACUGCGCCACUUGGAGUUCAAGUGUCGUAACAUCUUGAGGGCGCAGAAGAUGCAGCAGCUCAGGGAGCGUUGCCUGAAGGCUUGGCCUCUUGAGGACAAGAAUGGAGCAAGUGCAGGAGCCGGAAUAGGAGCUGGGUGCUUGGACAUUAGCGGUGCUUUGGUCAGUGAGGAAUCCUGUCACCAUGCUUUGUCAGAUAUCAAUGAACUCCCAGAGAGGGAGCGCUCAGAUAAGGACAGUACGAGUGCCUACAACACUGGAGGGGAAAGCUGCAGGAGCACCCCUCUGGUCAAUGAACAGUACCCAUCGCCCUCUACACAGAGCCUGGAGGGAGGAGAGCCUCUUCUCUCAGCAGGUAUGCAACUUCCAGCCUCCGCUAGGCAAAGAGAGAGAGGAACAAGGGCUGAAAGAGGGGAAGGGAUACAAGCAAACCUCAACCAACCCUACUCUCCCCAUACUCAAAGGAGAGGCACUGAAGCAAAGACAUCCAGCCCUGGAGUAAAGGUUAGGUCCCUGUCCCGGGAUGCAGGAACCAGGCGUGGCUCAGAUGGAGGGGUGAGACGUAACCCCAAAGAGAGGGCUGGUGGAUGCAGCGCAGAGAACAGCCCUUACCUGUCCCGUCGUCAGACUGAAACAAAGCCACCUCAGCGCUACAUGAGCUGCAUGCAACUGAGGUCUCCUUCCACCUCCGAUCGGCUCGGUGGACUCAGAGACACUGCCAGAGAGGGCAGCAUGGAGACUGUAGGCGACGCCAGCCCAAUGAGCUUGGGUAGCACGUGUAAAGACGUCGCCCAGGCUCCAGGUGCUGUACCCUUACCCUUGUCACCUCCACUGCUGCCGGCCUCCCCUCGCAUGGAGUGGAAGGUGAAGAUCCGCAGUGAUGGCUCACGAUACGUGGCCAAGCGGCCCGUGAGGGAUCGCCUCCUGAAGGCACGUGCCAUGAAGAUCAGAGAGGAGCGCAGCGGCAUGACGACGGACGACGAUGCCGUGAGCGAAAUGAAGAUGGGCCGUUACUGGAGCAAAGAGGAGCGCAAGCAGCAUCUACUCAAGGCUCGAGAGCAGCGGCGGCGCAGGGAGUUCAUGAUGCAGAGCCGGCUCGACUAUCUGAGAGAGCGGGAGAGGGAGCAGGGCAACAGCAGUGGAGGAGGGCAGCAGGGGACGACAUGCCAGCAGGAAGCCACCACCAUCCUGGAGCUGUGCCACCGCAGGAGCAUGAAGAAGCGCAGUCGCAGAAUCCUGGACAACUGGAUCACUAUACAGGAGCUACUGGCCCAUGGGACCAGGUCUGCUGAUGGGAAGAAAGUCUAUAACCCCCUGCUGUCUGUCACUACAGUCUGAUGGAAGACGGGAGACAAGGAGAGACAAGAAAGUGCCAAAGUGUUUCGAUGGGGCCUAUAGGACGAACACAAGCUGCUUCAGUAAAACUUGGCACAAAUCUUCUGAAACACAAAGUCCAUGACGGUCAUAUAAAGUAGCAUAAAUUAAGCUCCAACCUAAAAAUUGGAGAAGAGCUCAUGACUGAGACUGCCCAGGUUUGGGUUCAGUAAUCACCCCAAACAGAAAAAAACAGUACACAUUUUUACAAGAUUAUCAAAUUGAAGCUGCAUUUCAUGUCAUGAACACAAAUGCAGAUUUAUGAGAGUCAGAAAUUUCACAAAUAUAACCACAGACACUGUUUUCCUCUUCAAAUUUUGUUAAAGCAGUCAGAGCUAUUUCCAUAACGCUGUACUUCUAGUCUUACACAAAAACCUGGACCAGCUUGUCAGAUUUGAAGUCUGGAUGUCACAGUCGAUGCAUAACACAAAAAGUAAAACUAACAGAGCACAGAAACAAAAAACACGUUCAAAGGAACCAUUUAGAGAUACAUUCCCCCCUUGAGAGACGGCACCACCUGCUGUUCAGCCAUUAGAGAAGUAGUAGCACACUUUAAAAGUAAUCUUUGCAGGCCUCUACAGUUUUAUGAACGACGGAAUAAGAGGAAAAUCAAACGUGGGGGCGAAGAACCAUGCAGCUGUGAAAACAUUGAGAAAAAAAAGCCACUUCUGUGCCAUAAAAAACUGUACAUUUAGUGUCCAUAAAGGACUUUUGAUUAAGGAUAUUUUCCAAAAAAAAAAAAAAAAAAAGAACUGUGUACCAGUUAAUGUAGUCCCAUUUGUUUUGUUGCUGCGUUCAUGUAACAAAUGCUCCUUUGUUUUUGACACAGGAAACGCAACAUCAUUGUCAGACCACAGAUGCUUUUGUUUUGAUAAUGAAGAGCUGAGCGGUGCCUUUCUUUUUCCAGGCAGACUUUACUGUAUAGCACAAUUUUCAAAAGUGACGCAGAAAGGCUGAAAUACUCGUCGCCGAGAGGGUGAACACUGAAGCACAGAGCAACUAAAAGAAGCACUAAUGAAAUAUCAGUUUUUAAAAAACAUGUCCUGCUUUUCCCAGAGCAACGAGCUUUGGUCAGUAUGCAAUAUGAUUCAUUUAAACGCCGACUGUGAAGAAAGAUAUUACAAAAAAAGUUUAAAAUCCCUGACAGCUGUAGCUCUAUCAAAUGUGGGUUGUUUUUACACGUUUCCUGUCUGAUGUCAAUCGCAGACGUCUUCACUUUUUAACUCUGUGCUUUCAGAACGAGCCUCUGGAUAAUUAUCCAGCAUAAUGAAAAUAAAAGCCAAGAACGGGGUGCCUAAUUUACAAAAAAAAAAACCUGUGAACUAAAGCUGAUUUGUUUGUUUUUUUCCAUUUGGCUUACAUGCAUGUUUGAUAUUGAGACAAAUGAUUUUUUUUCCAUGUACUUAAAGACUGAAAAAAAGCCUUUUAACAUUCUGUAAUUGUGGUUGUGUCUUUCUAUGAACUUGCUUAAAAAUUCUAGCAUAGAAAAAGAAAACAUGGUGUACUUGUUCAGUAUUGUGAUGUCCUGUGUCUGCCAUUUCACAGUGAAAGCUUUUCUAAAAUAAAACGCUGUGAUCAUGAGAACUUAUUCUGGUACCAUUUUGCUGCUGUGUGUCAAGAUGUUUUUUUUUUUUUUUUUUUUUUUAUUAAUUGCGACAUUAUUGAUUUCGGCACCUUGAAAUAACGAGUCGACGUAUCCUAAACAAUUCUAAACCUUUAUUUUUCUAACAAGAGUGAAAAGAAACAAAGGCAACAUUAAAAUGAAAAGUUUAUACACAAACUCACGACAACUGCGUGUCUGCAAUAUCAAUAAUAAUAAUAAUAAUAAUAUAAUUUUAACCCAGGAAACAAAAUAAAUUGUGACAAAGUGAGUUACAGUGAAGUUACCUUAAUUUUCAAAGAGAAGGAGGGCGAGAGAAAGAGAGGUCAAACUGAACUGAAAGGAAUAAAACGGAGUCCAAAGAUGGUGCUUUAAAACAAAACAAAAAAAAAAAUAAAAAAUCAUGGGGAGGGAAA